CCGCCCCGCAACGCCGGACGUCUGUGCCGGGGCAUGGCCGCCGCCGGUGCCGGGCUCUUAAGCUGAGCGCCCGCCUCGGGGAGCCAACCGCCGCCCUCAAUCGUCCGCGCGAGGGCUGUGGCGCCGCCGGGCCGGCUAGGAGCCGCGGCCGCCGCGGAGGAGGAGGAGGCAGCAGGCGGCCGGAGAGGCCGCCGCGGCCGGGCGCAUGGCGUCCAUCUUACUCAGGAGCUGCCGCGGCCGGGGGCCCGCCUGCCUCCCGCCGCCUCGCGCCGUCGCCCCGAGGGGUAGUCUGGGGGAUCGUGCUUGUCUCAGUUGUGCCAACACCGUGGGGUUGAUAAGCUGCGUGAAUGUUCCCUUUGGCUGCUGCGCUUCCGUCCACCCUGUGUACCUUUCCUUCAGAGGGGAUCCCUUCAGCUGUUGGACUCGGAGGCCUGAGCGCAUGUGCACAGUGACCCGAGCACAGUGGGCCCCUGCCUCGGCGGGUCUGGUUCUCACGGGACCACAGUUCCUUCCUUUGCGCUGCUGGCACUCGUCGCCCCCACUGAGUGAGGACUCCGUGGUGGAAAAGUCCCUGAAGUCCUUAAAGGACAAGAACAAGAAGCUAGAGGAGGGAGGCCCUGUGUACAGCCCCCCGACGGAGGUGGCUGUGAAGAAGUCCCUGGGGCAGAGGGUCCUGGACGAGCUGAAGCACUACUACCACGGCUUCCGCCUGCUCUGGAUCGACACCAAGAUCGCCGCGCGCAUGCUCUGGCGGAUCCUCAACGGCCACAGCCUGAGCCGCCGCGAGCGCAGGCAGUUUCUUCGGAUUUGCGCCGACCUCUUCCGCCUGGUCCCCUUCUUGGUGUUUGUGGUGGUGCCAUUCAUGGAGUUCCUGCUUCCUGUGGCUGUGAAGCUCUUCCCCAACAUGUUGCCGUCCACGUUCGAGACCCAGUCCAUCAAGGAGGAGAGGCUGAAGAAGGAGCUGCGGGUCAAGCUGGAGCUGGCCAAGUUUCUUCAGGACACCAUUGAGGAGAUGGCCUUGAAGAACAAGGCGGCCAAAGGGAACGUCACCAGAGACUUCGCUGUGUUUUUCCAGAAGAUCCGAGAGACGGGUGAGAGACCCAGCAACGAGGAAAUCAUGCGUUUUUCCAAGUUAUUUGAGGAUGAGCUGACCCUGGAUAACCUCACGCGGCCGCAGCUGGUGGCGCUGUGUAAGCUGCUGGAGCUCCAGUCCAUCGGCACCAACAACUUCCUGCGUUUCCAGCUCACCAUGAGGCUGCGGUCCAUCAAGGCUGACGACAGGCUGAUCGCUGAGGAAGGGGUAGACAGCCUGAACGUCAAGGAAUUGCAGUCAGCGUGUCGAGCACGAGGCAUGCGGGCCCUCGGUGUCACGGAAGACCGUCUGAGGGACCAGCUGAAGCAGUGGCUGGAGCUGCACCUGCAUCAGGAGAUCCCCACAUCGCUGCUCAUCCUGUCCCGGGCCAUGUACCUUCCAGACACCCUCUCGCCCGCCGACCAGCUCAAGUCCACAUUGCAGACCCUCCCAGAGAUUGUGGCGAAGGAAGCCCAGGUGAAAGUGGCUGAGGUUGAGGGCGAGCAGGUGGACAACAAGGCAAAGCUGGAGGCCACGCUGCAAGAGGAGGCGGCCAUCCGUCAGGAGCACCAGGAGAAGGAGCUGCAGAGGCUCUCUGAGGUGGCGAAGGAAGUGGAGCCAGAAGUAGUGGCAGAAGCUGCCCCUGGGAGGCCAGCCGCCAAGCUACAGCCGGAAGUGCCUGAUGUGAUCCUGCCAUCGGAGGCCCUGAAGGACACCGCCCCCGUCCUGGAAGGCUUGAAGGAGGAAGAAAUAACUAAAGAGGAAAUUGACAUACUCAGCGGCGCCUGUUCGAAACUGAAGGAGCAGAAGAAGUCCCUGACGAAGGAGAAGGAGGAACUGGAGCUGCUGAAGGAGGACGUCCAGGACUACAGCCAGGAUUUGCAAGAGAUCAAGAAGGAACUUUCAAAGACUGGAGAAGAAAUAUAUGUGGAAGAAUCUAAAGCCAGCAAAAGGCUGACGAAGCGAGUGCAGCAGAUGAUUGGGCAGAUCGACAGCCUGCUCUCGCAGCUGGAGACGGGUCAGAAGCCCGGCACGCUGGGGCCGGCUGCCGAGGGCUCGCCUGCGGGGGAGACUGUCAUCAGCGUCACUGAACUCAUCAGUGCCAUGAAGCAGAUCAAGCACAUUCCAGAAAACAAGCUCGUCAGCUUGGCCUCAGCCUUGGAUGAAAAUAAGGACGGCAAGGUUGACAUCGACGACCUCGUCAAGGUGAUCGAGCUGGUGGACAAAGAAGACAUUCACAUCUCCACCAGCCAGGUGGCUGAGAUUGUGGCGAUGCUAGAGAAGGAGGAGAAGGUGGAGGAAAAGGUGAAGGCCAAGGAGAAGGCUGAGAAGAAGGCUGAGAAGGAGGCCGAGAGGGAGGCUGCGGAGGGGAAGAAUUAGGGCCGGCCCUGCUCUCCGGCACCUUGGUGGACCUUCGUGUGUCCACCUCCAUCCCACUUCCCUGGCCGCCACAGUCCUUCCAUGAGAGUGAUUGCUUUGAGGUGAUUCUUAGUGACAAAUCUAAUAUUUUGUCUGGAAUAAAUCGAAACUUCCAUAAUCAA